AUGCCGGAUAUAACGCAGUCCUGCCGCAGCCUGGCCAGGUUCUCGCUCUGCAUGAUCAACCCUCUGGAUUUAGAGCAGUGCUCUCUCAAAGUGCUGGAGCCAGAAGGAAGUCCAAGCUGGAGUCUCCUGAAACUGCUGGGAGAUCGGGGUUGCACUGUGGUGGAGCUUGCGGAGUUCUUGCAGGCCCUGGAGCAUACAGAGGCUCUUCAGUGUCUCAGCCAUUCAGGUAUAAAGAUUGUUGUACAGCCAGACUCUCAAGCAGUGCUCCCUGGUCAAGUCGUCAAGCUGUGCUGCUGGGCAACAGGACACCCGUUCGUGCAUUACCAGUGGUUCAAACAGGAAAAAGAGGUUCCCCAUGGUAAUUCUCCAGAGCUGGUUUUGAAUCCAGUGAAUGUAAAUGAUUCUGGCUUUUACAUCUGUCGAGUGAACAGUGAAUCUUCCUUUGUGUUCAGUCGGUGGGCACGACUUGAAGUUUGUGAUCUCCAGGGUACAUCUCAUGGGAGCUUAAUUGGUUUGCCUGAAAACAAACUGCGCAUUUGUAUUCAGCCUCAGUCACAAAACCUGACAGUGGGGGAUGCUUUGGUACUAGAAUGUGGAGCUGUUGGAAACCCAAUUCCUCAUUACCAGUGGUUCAGAAAUGGAUUUCCCUUGGCAAAUGGGAGCAAAAAUGUCUACAUGGUAACUUACGUGGACGUGGAACAUCAAGGGACAUACUGGUGUCACGUAUUCAAUGACCGGGAAGACCAAGAUAGCAAGAAGAUAGAAGUUGUUAUAGGAAGGAAAGCUAUGGCAGUGGAGUGCACAGAAGAAGAUCUAAGUGAUCUUCAAAAACCAGACCUACAAGAACAACCAAAUCACAGACCUGUUGCAACAGACAAGGUAGCUCUGUUAAUAGGAAAUAUGAGCUACUGGAAUCACCCCCAACUCAAGGCUCCGAUGGUAGAUGUCUAUGAAUUGACCAAUUUGCUAAGACAGCUGGAUUUCAAAGUUGUUUCUUUGCUGGAUCUUACUGAGUCUGAGAUGCGAAAUGCAGUGGAUGAAUUUUUACUUCUCCUGGACAGAGGAGUGUAUGGUUUGUUAUACUAUGCUGGCCAUGGCUACGAAAACUAUGGAAACAGUUUCAUGGUUCCUAUUGAUGCUCCAAAUCCCUACCGAUCUGCAAACUGUCUGUGUGUGCAGAACAUCCUCAAACUAAUGCAGGAAAAAGAGACGGGACUUAAUGUAUUCCUACUGGAUAUGUGUCGGAAAAGAAACGAAUACGAUGACACAAUUCUUAUCUUAGAUGCUCUGAAGGUUACGGCCAACAUUGUUUUUGGAUAUGCAACGUGCCAAGGAGCAGAAGCUUUUGAAAUUCAGCAGUCGGGGUUGGCCAAUGGAAUCUUCAUGAAGUUCUUGAAGGACCGUUUGUUAGAAGACAAGAAGAUUACUGUACUGCUUGACGAGGUUGCAGAAGAUAUGGGCAAGUGUCACCUUACCAAAGGCAAGCAAGCUUUGGAGAUCCGCAGCAGUUUGUCUGAGAAAAGGGCGUUAACCGAUCCCAUUCAACAAACCGUAUCUUCGGCAGAGUCUGUGGCACGGAACCUACAGUGGGCCAAAGCUCAUGAGCUUCCAGAAAGUAUGUAUCUUGAAUUCAAAUGUGGUGUUCAGAUUCAGUUGGGGUUUGCAGCCGAGUUUUCCAAUGUCAUGAUAAUCUACACGCGAAUAGUAAAGAAGCCACCUGAAAUAGUAGUUUGCAGAGCCUACGUGACAGACUUCGCACUCGACCUGGAUGUGGAUCCUAAAGAGGCCAAUAAAGGAACCCCUGAGGAAACUGGAAGCUAUUUAGUAUCAAAGGACCUUCCCAAGCACUGCCUCUACACCAGGCUAAGUUCACUGCAAAAGCUAAGGGAACACUUGAUCUUCACUGUUUGCUUGCAUUAUGAGUAUCCAGGAAUAGAAGAUACAAUGGAUGAAAGAAAGGAAGUUAAUGUUGGGAAGCCCCUUAUUGCUAAAUUAGGCCUUCAUCAUGGAUUCAAAGAUACUAACUGUCACCAGACCUGUUGCGUGGCUAAUAAUGCUUUUCAUAAUCAAAUAGAAUCAAGUCCAGUGGCAACUAAAUACUACGUCCCUAGUCACUGCCAACCAAAUUCCUGUCCAGGAGUUUACCAUCCAAACCAUAUUUGCUCAGACAGCGUCGGCCAACCAGGCACAUGUUCUUGCAAUGGGACUUCAAGGAUAUUAGCUUCAAGACCUGAAGUACAGAAUUACUCACCCCCUGUGGAAAAGAGUAAUGUACCAGUAGAGACCACUGAUGAUACUGUUGAACUGGAAUUCCUUCUCUCCGACAACCUCAGAUUCUCUAAACAGCAGUAG